UCAGGCCUGGCCUUGGAUGUGGCAGAGGCGGCAGUGGGAGACCACCCCCCGAGGGGAGACCGAGGUUAGGGCGCGGCGGGGAGGGGCGGGGUGGGACGGGACUGCUGUCUGCCAGGAGCUCCAGGCAUCGAGUCCACCUGCCCGCCAGCUCGUGCUGCGGUCGAUCCGCGGAGCCCGCGCCGGCCCGGGCCCAUGGCGGCGUCGGGGGUUCUGUCUGCCGCGGCGGCAGCAGCGGCCCUGUCGGGCGUGGCAGUGCGGCUGGCGCGCUCAGCCGCGAUGCGCGGCUCGUACGGUGCCUUCUGCAAGGGGCUCACGCGCACGUUGAUCACCUUCUUCGACCUGGCCUGGCGUCUGCGCAUGAACUUCCCCUAUUUCUACAUCGUGGCCUCGGUGAUGCUCAACGUGCGCCUGCAGGUGCGGAUCGAGUGAACGCCCACUACCACCUCCGCCCGGCCGCGAUGGCAGGGGCAUCGGCAUGAAGGGUCAUGGGGCCGCGGGCCGCCGGGACAUGCCAAAGAAGGGGCGGCCCAGGCCUCUAGGCCCUAGACCUCCGCGGAGGACGCAGCCACAGAGCCCCGGCUCCGGCCAGCCACGUCGCGGCCGGUGACGAACUGCACAGAAAACUAGCGAAAAGGGCCCUUUCCGUCGAACUCGAGAAAAUUAUCUGAGUGCAGCCGACCUGUUGCCUCACUUUGGCCGAAGAGGGGAGCAGAAGGAAGAAAUUCUUCAAUAGGAACAUGAAUGACUGACCCUGACCCAAAAGGCUGCCCCUCCUGCUAGGAUCUCACAGGAGCAGCUGCUCUGGAUGGGCCUGCAGCGGUCCUGGCUGUGCUGCUGACUGGUGCACCAGGAGUGGCACUGAGGGGAGCCGGGAGAGGCCCUGGCCCUCACCCCUCAUCCCAGAUCCACAUCUGCUCCCUCACUGAUUGCUCGGGGUCCUGGUCCUCAGUUCCUGGGACUAAGAACCACAGCAGCAUGGUUGCCUCCGGGACAGAGGGGCAGAGCCUCACACCAUGUGCCCUCCUCAACCACCCAGGUCCCGGCUGAAGAUCUCUGCCUGCCUCACCCUGAGGCCUGAGGCGGCACCCAGGCUACCACAUGUCCCCUGCAAAUUCCCACAGAUGGAAGGGUCCUGAUGGCUUCCUCCCUUGUGCCAAGUUGCCUGGAAACCCCUGGUCCUGGUGGCCCCUCCUCCUCCCCAACUGUGUCCCUCCAGGACCACUUCCGGGAGCCUGCCAGCCUUCGGACUGCAUCCCUGGAGCUCUGGGGACAGCCUCUGAGAGACUGUGACGUGGGGCUGCAGGGGAGGAGAGGAGCGGAGGACCAGGGGCCUCCUUGGGGCUGAUGCAUAAAUGUGUGCGCUUUUCAAGUUCAUAUCUCAUCCUCUGGGUCACUGGAUCCCCAGCUGUAGCCUCUUCCUGGGCCAUUUUGAGAGGGCCUGCAGAGGGCACUAGGGAGGGUCUUUACUUAAUAUGUGUGUGCCAGUGUGUGAAUAUGUGUGUGAGUGCUCAUGUUGAGUGCACGUGUGAGUGUGAGGAUGUGUGUGCAAGUUUGCAUGCACAUGCAUGAGGGCUUGAGUUUGUGAGUGUGGGGAUGUGUGUGUGGAUGUGUGAGUGUGGAUGAGUGUGUGGAUAUGAGUGCAAAUGCAUGAAUGCAUGGAUGUCUGUGUGUGAAUGUGCAGGUGUAAGAGUGUGUGUGUGGGUGUGAAUACAUGUGUCAGUGUGAAUGCAUGUGUGUGAGUGCACUAGUGUGUGAGUGCUUAUGCACACAGGAGUGGCUGUGCGUUGCAGAAGGCGCUGAGCUGUUUAGUGGGUGUGCUCUGGGGGACGGGCAUCCUGUCCUCCCCAGGCUCCCAGCUCUGUUGGAGCUGCCUGGGCCCUGGGAGGCCGCUUCCCAAAGUGGAGAAAGUAUGUUGGAGAUUCAGGGGCCCCAGGCUCAGAGACCCAUCAUCAUCUGCAGAGAAUUCCCCUCUCCCCAUGGGGCUCUGGCUGGGGCUGUCUGCCCCCAAAGGUAUUGGCCGUGGGAGGGGCAGGGACACGUCCUCAGCAUGUGUUCCUGCCACUGCUUUUCUUACCAUUUUGAUCUUGAGUAGUUUGCUGCUUCUGCUUUCCCGCUUCUUCCUCAUCUCCUCACUGGGCCUCUGCUGCUCUCUAUGCACUUUAUUUAUUUGCAGUCUCUUUUUCAGGUAGUGGAGGUUCUACGCCAUCACUGACUUGAAUAAGACAGCUUUCCCUUUUCUGUGUGUGAUGAACUCUGCACCAGUCAGCGCAGUCUGGUCAGAGAAGUGUUCUUGUUGCAAGUGUUGUCAAAUCUUGUGUCUAUCUAAGUUAAUAAAAAAAUUAUUUGAGUUCAAUGAAAAAAAAACAGAGGCCUCUUGUUUCUGGUGUGGUGCCCCCUUGGAGGAGAGGGGCUGUUGGACCCCACUCUGGUGGCCAGAAGCUGGGGGAGGGGAGCAUCCUGAGGGCUAUAAUUGGGUGGGGUCAUGGCAGGAAACCAAUGAAUGUUAUACUUCAUAUUAAUAGAACAAAGGGAUAAUACAUAAUCAUUCCAAAAGAUUUAAAAAAUGGAUUCGGUGAAAUUUGAUACCCAUUCGUGAUUUUAAAAUCUUUUAACAACAUUAGAAUUGUUAGGAACUCAUUCUCGUGGCAAAUAGUCUAUAAAAAAACCUCAGUAUACAUAAUAUUUAAUGGUAAAAGAAUGUUCCUAAUAUUGGGAACAAUUCAUGGUGUCUAUUAUUGCCAUUUCUAUUCAUCAUUGUACUGGAAGCUUGAGCAAAUGGAAUAAGCCCCCUACCCUGACAAAAUAAAUCCAUCUUGAUUGGAUAGGAAGAAAUAAAGCUUUAUUUAUUCACAAAUCAUCCUGUAUGGAGAAAAUAUCAAGUAAAGCACAGACAAAAAAGCUACUAGACCCAUAAACAAAUUUAGCAAGGCCAACAGGACACAAUAUCAACAUCAAAAUAUCAAUUAUACUUGUACAUACUAGCACCAAAAAUUCCAAAAAUGAAAUUAAGAAAGCAACUAGAUACACAAUAGCCCUCAAAAGAAUAAAACAUUAGGGAUAAAUCCCAUAAAAUAUGAAUAAGACCUGCAAACUAAAAAUUACUAAAAAAUUAUAAGACAUAGCUGAGAAAAUUUAAACUUAAUAAAGGUAGUUCAUGGAUUGGGAGACUCAGUAUGGCAACCUUCCCCAAGUUUAUUUGUAGAUUGAGCCCAAUAUCUACCAAAAUCUCAGCUGAAUUUCCUGUAGAAAAUGGCAAGCUGAUCUUAAAAUGUAUGCGGAAUAUACAUUUAUAUCACCUUAAACAGCCAAAACAUUUUGAAAAAGGAAAACAGAGUUGAAGGAUUUAUCAUACCUAUUUCAGAAGUCAUAAAGUCACAGUAAUCAAGACAGUAUGAAUCUUGUACAAAGAUAGUCAUGUAGAUCAGUGGAACAGAUUGAGAAAGUAUGAACAAAUCCUUAAAUUUAUGAUGAAAUGGGUCUUCUAUUAUGGCAAAAUACACAUAACAAAUGUUGCCAUUUUAACCAUUUUAAAGUAUAGAAUUCAGUAGCAUGAAGAACAUCCCCAAUGUGUAACCAUCACCAUUAUCUAAUUCUAGAACAUUUCCAUCACCACAGAUGAGAACACCAUGUGCAUUAAGUGUCAGUCUUCAUUACCUCCCUACCCCACUCCUUGGCAAAUACAAAUAUGCUUUCUGUCUCUAUGUAUAUGCUUUUUAUGGGUAUUUCAUACAAAUGGAAUCAUAUGAUAUGUAACCUUUUAUGCCUGGCUUCUUUAACUUAGCAUAAUAUUUUGUAGUUCAUACACAUUAUUGUAUGUAUCAUUCACAUUGUCUGUAGUACAUUCACAUUAUUGUAUGUUCCUUUUAAUGGCUGAAUAAUAUUCCAUUUUAUGGAUAUAUGACAUUUUAUUUAUCCAUUCAUAUGUUCAUGGACAUUUGUGUUGUUUCUACCUUUUCGCCAUUGUGAAUAGGGUUACUAUGGACAUUCAAGUACAAGUUUUGUUUGAACACCUGAUUUCAAUUUUGGGGGUCCACAACUAGGAGUAGAAUGGCUGGAUCACAUGUUAAUUCUGUGUUUAACUAAUUGAAGAACCCACCAAACUGUUUUACAUAGAGGCUGCACCAUUUACAGUCCCACUUAAUAAUGUAUGAUGAUUCCACACUUUCUCCAACAGUUGUUAUUUUUCUUUUCUAAUUUAUGGUUAUCCUAGUAUGUGUGACGGAGAA